CCAGACGAAUCCCUGAUGAUGAAGCUGAAUCUCACCAAAGUUGUUAAUGGCUGUCGUCUAGGAAAAAUACAAAACCUGGGCAAAGCAGGGGACUGCACAGUGGAUAUUCCAGGCUGUCUGCUCUACACGAGGACUGGCUCUGCCCCACACCUGACACAUCAGACACUGCAUAAUGUCCAUGGGGUCCCAGCCAUGGCCCAGCUCACACUGUCAUCCCUAGCAGAACAUCAUGAAGUCUUGGCAGAAUAUAAGAAAGGAAUUGGAAGCUUUAUAGGCAUGCCAGACUCGCUCUUCUACUGUUCCCUGCACGAUCCAGUCAGCCCCGGCCCACCCGGUUACGUAACAAAUAAGUCUGUGUCUGUGUGGGGUUUUGGAGGUCGAGUGGAAAUGACGGUUUCCAAGUUCAUGGCAAUUCAGGAGGCCCUGCAGCCUGAUUGGUUCCAAUGCCUCUCAGAUGGGGAGGCAACUUGUGCAGAGGCAACUUCCAUCAAAAGGGCCAGGAAGUCUGUGGACCGCUCGCUUCUGUUCCUGGACAGCUGUUUGCGACUGCAGGAGGAGUCUGAGGUCCUUCAGAAAAGCGUGAUUAUUGGAGUGAUUGAAGGUGGAGAUGUGAAGGAAGAGAGAUUGAGGUCGGCUCGAGAGACAGCCAAGCGGCCCGUGGGGGGCUUCCUUCUGGACGGCUUCCAAGGGGGUCCAGCAGUCACAGAAACCAGGCUGCACUUGCUGUCAUCAGUCACUGCCGAGCUGCCGGAGGACAAACCAAGGCUCAUCUGUGGUGUCAGCCGGCCAGAUGAAGUGCUCGAGUGUAUUGAAAGGGGAGUGGACUUGUUUGAGAGUUUUUUCCCAUAUCAAGUGACCGAGCGGGGCUGUGCCCUGACUUUCACCUUUGAUUGCCAGCUGAAUCCUGAGGAGACAUUAUUGCAACAAAAUGGAAUCCAAGAAGAAAUAAAAUGUUUGGAUCAAAUAAAGAAAAUGGAAGCAACUGGGUGCAACCAAGAGAUGACAUCAUUUGAAAUCAAUCUGAAGGAGAAAAAGUACCAGGAAGACUUUCAGCCUCUCGUAAGAGGGUGUUCCUGUUACUGCUGUACGAACCACACUCGUGCAUACGUCCACCAUCUGCUGGUGACCAACGAGCUGCUGGCCGGUGUCCUGCUGAUGAUGCACAACUUUGAGCACUACUUCCGGUUUUUCUGCUCCAUCCGAGAGGCACUAAAGAGUGACACGCUGGCACAGCUGAAAGAGCUCAUCCGCAGACAGAUGUCGUGAGAACUGGAAAGACAGACCUGUCCCAUCUUUGGAAACAGUGAAGUGGCAGAGAUCUGAGCUUUCAGCAGUUGUGGUGGGACUGAAGAGCAUCUGCCCCACAGGAGUGCACCCACAGGAGUGUGGAGGAAGGCCUUCUGCAGCUUUCCUGGACCUGACUUUACAUUUUUCUAGGUUUAUUCUGCUAGUGGGUAAAUUCCUUUAGUUGGAGACAAAAAUAUUUGAUAUGAGAGAGACUUGAAAGGAUUUGGGGUUCUAGAAACACUGAGGAUGGAUGAGGCCUG